ACACAUCCAUCCGUCCAAAACUUCCCCAAAAAUAUUUUAAACAAUUUUCAUUCCACUCCUAGCAGCGUCGUACGCAUCGAACUCGUGGCCUUCCGAUGCCGACAGUGAGGCGGUAUUGCUCUCAGCAGCCGGCGGGUGCCUCCAUCAGAGGGUGUCUGUUGUUGCCUCCCCCGAUGGCGAGUCCUCCCCCGUCGUCGAACUCCCCCACUCCGUCGACUAACUCCACCUCUCCUCCACCGGCGUCUCCCAAGGGGAGGUUGCCGCCGUGGAAGCUGGCGCUGAUAGUGGGGAUUGGGAUUGGGGGGCUCAUUGUCUUGGUUGGGGUGUGCAUAUUCGUGAUUUUUUAUCGAAGGAAGAGGAGGCGGCUUGAGUUGGGGAGCAACCCUCCACAGAGGCCUAACGGCAUGGAAUCAGGCUUUUCACAGAACAAGUUCACGUACAAAGAGAUAAAGAUUGCAACAGAUGAUUUCUCCAAUCUCAACUUACUUGGCCAAGGUGGUUUUGGCCACGUUCAUAGAGGAGUGCUUUCGUGCGGGAAAGUAGUUGCAAUCAAACAGUUAAAAGCUGGAAGCAGACAAGGGGAGAGGGAAUUUCAAGCAGAGAUCGAGAUCAUCAGUCGCAUCCAUCACAGACACCUUGUUUCUCUCGUUGGUUACUGCAUUUCUGGUGCGCAUAGAAUUCUAGUAUACGAGUUUGUUCCAAAUAGCACGUUGGAAUUUCAUUUGCACGGAAAGGAUCAACCAACUAUGACUUGGCCUAUAAGGAUGAAAAUUGCUUUAGGUUCUGCAAAAGGGUUGGCGUAUCUGCAUGAGGAAUGUAAUCCCAGAAUCAUUCACCGUGACAUCAAGGCUGCUAAUAUUCUUUUGGAAUCCAAUUUUGAGGUAAAGGUUGCAGAUUUUGGACUUGCAAAGUUUGCUUCUGAUGCAGAUACUCAUGUUUCUACUCGAGUAAUGGGAACUUUUGGCUACCUGGCUCCAGACUAUGCCACUAGUGGGAAUCUCACUGAGAAAGCAGAUGUUUUUUCUUUUGGUGUUGUGCUUCUAGAGUUGAUAAAAGGGCGUCGUCCGGUUGACAUAACUCUACCCAGUGAUGAGCAUAGCUUGGUUGAUUGGGCAAGGCCUUUGCUCACACAAGCUUUAGAAGAUGGCAAUUUUGAUGUCAUAGUUGAUCCAAAACUAAACAAGGACUACGUUACCGAGGAAAUGACUCGGAUGAUUGCUUGUGCUGCUGCUUGCGUUCAUCAUUUUGCACGACAACGUCCACGAAUGACACAGGUAGUUCGAGCAUUGGAAGGAAACCUUUCUCUGAAUGAUUUAAAUGAGGGAAUUAUGUUAGGACCUACCAGAGUAUCUAGUCGUUGUCAAAGCUCAGAUCAUGACACCAGCGAAGACCAGGAGGAUUCAAAGAAAUUCGGGAUGAUGGCCCUGGAAACCCAAGAACAAGCCACAAGUGAGUUCCAUGCGCUUUGACGUGAGGCCACAUGUUAGCAUUUGUUAUUUGUAUAUAGAAAUGGAUUAGAUUUGGGAAAGGCAAAAACCACAUCAGACUUCGUUAUGUCUAUGUUGUUGAUUUAAGUAGUAUAGUUUGACGUAUUCUAAUAACAGUCGUCGCUGGUUCGGUUAUGUGCAAGAUUGAAACUCCAAAAAUUUCAAAGCAGGAGGGAUGUUUCUCGUGAUUGAAACUA